CCAUCCAUAUCACAAUUCCAUUCAUUUAAUAUCCCUUUGGUGUCAUUGACAUAAGAGAUGUCGUUUCUAGUCUAUAUCUUUCUAUUUCUAUAUAUGGAAAGUUAAAAAAUCAUCAUAUAAUAAUCCAGAAAAGAAAUCGAAAUAGAAAAGAAAAAAGGGAGGUUUGUGAUGAUUUUGAAAUCUUUUCUACUAGGUAAUCCAGUAUCCUUAUGCAUGAAGAUAAUAAAUUCGGUCGUUAUGGUCGGACUCUAUUAUGGAUUUCUGACCACAUUCUCCAUAGGGCCCUCUUAUCUCUUCCUUCUGCGAGCUCGGGUUAUGGAAGAAGGAGAAGAAGGAACCGAGAAGAAGGUAUCCGCAACAACGGGUUUUAUUGCGGGACAGCUCAUGAUGUUCAUAUCGAUCUAUUAUGCGCCUCUGCAUCUAGCAUUGGGUAGACCUCAUACAAUAACUGUCCUAGCUCUACCGUAUCUUUUGUUUCAUUUCUUCUGGAACAAUCACAAACACUUUUUUGAUUAUGGAUCUACUACCAGAAAUUCAAUGCGUAAUCUUAGCAUUCAAUGUGUAUUCCUGAAUAAUCUCAUUUUUCAAUUAUUCAACCAUUUCAUUUUACCAAGUUCAAUGUUAGCCAGAUUAGUCAACAUUUAUAUGUUUCGAUGCAACAACAAGAUGUUAUUUGUAACAAGUAGUUUUGUUGGUUGGUUAAUUGGUCACAUUUUUUUCAUGAAAUGGGUUGAAUUGGUAUUAGUCUGGAUACAGCAAAAUAAUUCUAUUCGAUCGAAUGUACUUAUUCGAUCGAAUAAGUACCUUGUGUCAGAAUUGAGAAAUUCUAUGGCUCGAAUCUUUAGUAUUCUCUUAUUUAUUACCUGUGUUUACUAUUUAGGCAGAAUACCGUCACCCAUUGUUACUAAAAAAUUCAAAGAAACCUCAGAAACGGAAGAAAGGGGGGAAAGCGAAGAAGAAACAGAUGUAGAAAUAGAAACAACUUUCGAAACGAAGGGGACUAAACAGGAACAAGAGGGAUCCAUUGAAGAAGAUCCUUCUCCUUCCCUUUUUUCGGAAGAAAAGGAGGAUCCGGACAAAAUCGAUGAAAGAGAAGAGAUCCGAGUGAAUGGAAAGGAAAAAACAAGGGAUGAAUUCAACUUUCAAGAGACAUUCUAUAAAGAUAGCCAAGUUUAUAAAACUUCUUAUAUGGAUCGGAAUAAAAAUAAAGAGAAUUCGAAAUUAGAAAUAUUUCAAGAAGAUCCAUUUUUAUUAUGGUUUGAAAAACCUCUUGUGACUCUUCUUUUCGACUAUAAACGAUGGAAUCGUCCAUUGCGAUAUAUAAAAAACAAUCAAUUUGAAAAUGCCGUAAGAAAUGAAAUGUCACAAUAUUUUUUUUAUACAUGUCGAAACAAUGGAAAAGAAAGAAUAUCUUUUGCGUACCCCCCCAGUUUGUCAACUUUCUUGGAAAUGAUACAAAAAAAAAUUUCUUUGUUGACAAGAGAAAAACUACCCUCUGAUGAAUUGUAUGAUCAUUGGAUUUAUACCAAUGAACAAAAAAAGAACAACUUGAGCAAAGAAUUUAGAAAUCGAAUGGAAACUCGAAAUAAAGGAUCCAUUACUCUAGAUGUACUCGAAAAAAGAACUAGAUUGUGUAAUGAUGAAAAUAAAAAAGAAUACUUGCCUAAAAUAUAUGAUCCUUUUUUGAAAGGGCCCUGUCGUGGAAGGGUCAAAUCUUUUUUUUUCAUCCCCAAUCCUAAAUAAAAUUUCUAUAAAAAAUUACAUCGAGACAGGUUGGAUAAAUAAGAUUCAUGUUAUACUUUUUAAUACUGAUCAGGAAAACUUGGAAAAACAAAUAGAUGCAUUUGAUAGAAAUUCAUUAUCAACAGAAAAAAAACUUUAUUUAU